AUGAGGAGAGCGAGCCGACACAAACAUCAGCCUAACAAUAACCCUCUAACGUUACACGUUGCAUAUCUAUCAUAUAAAACACCUCAAUCGCUACAAUGUGACGCGCAAACGUCGACUCUAAACGUCUUUGUUUAUCGGUGUUUUUCCUCCGUGGCGCGUCGCGCGAAAGUCCACUUCGGUUUUUACGCGAUGCUCCAAAAAUCUAUGAAAUGUGUUUGCAUGUUCUUCUGGAUGUAGAGGUGGGAUUGUGAGAAUCGAAAGGUUGGUGAGCCCACACGCUCAGCUUCCCAGAAAGUACGUUUAGCAAUAAUUUACUGUCCUCUUCCUCGCGCGCUCGUUUCGGUCGAAGGCUACAUGAUUUCUGGGAGUGUAGAAUAAGGUUUUUCUCGCUUCUUUUGGCCAUCAAUCCCCACGACAGGCUUGGAGAAGGGGCGCUCGGACAGUGGAAGCCCUCCCCUCCGCUCGGAUCUGCCUUGGUAGUUUACAGGUUUUCAGUGGAAAGAUGUGGACGAGGGCUGAAUUCUAGAGCGAAAGGUGUCGGGGUCUGCCUGCCAUUGGCCGGCCAAUUUGCCCGUUUAGGGGAGGCUCCACCCUCACCUGGGUACUGAGCGGAUCAUAAGCGCUGCCUGGCUCCUCCCUUGCCAGCCCCCGUCCCCUCCCCAACCCCGCCCCCCCUCCCACGCACACACCCCGGGGCUGGACCAUGUCUGUCGGACAGCCGGUGGGCAGCCGGACACCCAAGGCUCAGGACCAGGAUGAGGACCAGGACAAGCGUAGCAGUAGGGAGAACAGCCCCGUCAUCGAACGUCGCAACCGCAGCGGUAUCAUCAGCGAGCCCCUCAGCAAGAGCCUGAAGAGGUCUCGCACCCUCUCGCAGUACACUGCCGCAUGUCCCCAGACCGCCAACGGACUGAAACACAACGGCCAGGCUAAGGGUCACGCGGCCAAGCCCCAGCCUGCUCAGCAGCAACAGCAGCAGCCUUCCGCCUCGGCCUUGGUGCCGAGCAAGCUGGACCGGACCCUGGAACAGGUGUUGGAGGGACAGAACGGCCUGUUGCACUUUGCCCAGGCAGCUGCGCUGCUUAAGCGGGCAGGCAUGGAGCACAUGCUCCUGCCAGGGGGAAUGGGAGUGGGCAUGGGUGGGGUGGGGGGUGAAGCGGGUACGGUAGACCUGGAGGGGGCGUCGGUGGCCGACACAGUGGGGGGCCACACAGACUUCCCGUACGGCGUGGGCGGAGGCUUCCCCUUCAAUCCGGGCCUUUUCAUCAUGACACCGGCCGGGGUCUUCCUCGCUGACAGUGCGCUACACAUGGCCGGCUUGACGGAGUACCCAGUGCAAAACGACCUGGCCUCCGCCAUUAGCUCCGGGAAGAAGAAGCGAAAACGCUGUGGCAUGUGCCCACCUUGCCGGCGCAGGAUUAACUGCGAGCAGUGCAGCAGUUGCCGGAACCGCAAGACGGGCCACCAGAUCUGCAAGUUCCGCAAGUGCGAGGAGCUCAAGAAGAAACCGUCUGCUGCACUGGAGAAGGUGAUGCUGCCGACAGGAGCAGCGUUCCGGUGGUUCCAGUAGGACUGUGACCUCUGACCUCCACCCAAAGCUCUGCCAUCAAGUGCAAUGCCAACUCUCGCUUGGAUCAUCUCAGCGCCGACACUGGCUGACAAACACAGACUACGUGACAAAAAGAGCAACUACGAGAAAAACUUCAUCGCAAGAUACAGAACAAUAAAGCAACGAUACAAAAAGAAUCAAACGAGUUAUGGAUGCACCUACUUAUUCCUUGAACCAAAAAUUAAACAUAAAUAAAAAAUAUCUAUGGCAACUUUCAUUCCCUUUUAUAUGUUUCCAUUUUGGUACCUUUUUGUCCCUUUUCCAGCAGAUUUUUUUCUGUGGCUUAGACAUGGAACUGUUCAUUGACAAACAGGAAUGAUGGACUGAGUGUGGACAAUCAACUAAAUCUCUGUGUUUGGUGUUAAUGUUGUUCAUGUGUGGAAAGAAACAGUACUUGUGUAGAGAAUGUAAAUUUUACGGCUAUAUUUUAAAAUUAGUGGCUAAUGGCAAGCACUAUUGUAAUUUAGGACCAUUGCUCUUACUUAAAAAAAAAACUGUAUUUUAUGAUUGUUUCCUUUUUUUUAAGUUUGAUUUAAAUUUAUAGUUUUGAAAACUGAUCAGUGUUUGAAGGGAAUAGUAAAUAUUCCAAAAUGUACGAAUGCGGUUUUCGGAAUAAUUUGAAGAACAAAUAUGCAUCAUGCAAAAUAUCAAAUUGCCAUUGUUUCUAUAUGGUUGUUACUACUGGAAACAAACAUUUCUGUUUGUUUUACUGUACCGGCAGCAUUGUGUUAUAUCGUCAGAUUGCAUCGUAUCUCAUCAUGUAAUAUUACGUUAUAUCACGCACCAUAACAAUGUGUUACGUCUCGUGAUGUCACGUUAUAUUACGAAGUGUCACCGAUUAUUGUGUUCUCAAUGUACUGGUCUGAAUUUUUACGGAGCCCUCCACAGCAUUUGGAGACAAGCACUCGGCUCGGCUCAAUCGAACGCACUGAAAGAAAUAACUUUUUAUUUUGUUGUUUGCCGGUAGCUACAUCUUUUAAAAGCAGCAAUGUUUGUAUUGGAUUAGAACUAUGGGCUGGUUUUGUGAAUAAAAACAAAUGCAUGUAUUUGUGUCAAAAAUUUACAACCCUGA